UACUGAUCAUGACCGACGCACUCAAGAUGACCGACCUGCAGCAGCGCGCCAGCAUCGAGUUCGAGCGGCAGCGCCACCUGGCGAACUGGCUGAUCGAAUCGAGCCCGCACAUGCCGAAGCCGACGGCCGCCCAGCAGAAGCAGCUGGCGCAGCACCAGCAACAGCUCCAGCACCAGCAGCAGCUGCAGCUUCAGCAACAACUCCAGCAGCAACAACAGCCGCCUCAGAAGCAGAAAGCCAACGGCGGCAAGCUGAAGCCGAGCCCGAUGUUUCUGCUGGCUAAAAUCGGCCACCUCGGCGGAGGAGGAGGUGCUGGCGGAACCGGUGGAACGGGAGCGGGUACCGACUCGCUGGCGGCGUCCACCUUCAACUCGCAGACCAACCUCCCGCUGCAGAUCCUCUCGCCGGCCGGCGGCGGGCGGGACGGGAACAAACCGAAGCUGCGCCGCUUCAACUCGCACGACACCAGCGCCAACAUGUUCUCGGUGGCGGAGUUCGAGAACGCGCGGCUGGCGCGCCGGAACGAGCUGGAGAAUGCGGCCCUGAUGCGCCAGCGCCAGAACCGCUACAAGCUGAACUCGCUGUCGUCCGGCGGCGGCGACUGUUCCACCGGCGAAAGCAAGGGCUCGAAGCUGAGCUCGAACGAUCCGAGCUCGAACGAGCCGCUCUUGGCGGAUCAGUUUCUCGAGCGGUUCUCGUUGCCGCGCGUCAUCCGGCUGUCGUACACCUCCUCGGCGCAGGCGGCCACUCUCGGGGACCAGACGAUGACUUCGUCGAGCUCGGCCGAGUCGAGCAGUACGGCGGAGUCGCGUAGCCCGAACGGCACCGGACAGGCGCUCAUGAACGCCGGUGGGAAGCUGGCCAAGUCGAAGAAGUCCAAGGGAUCGACCGCCGGCGGUGGGGACCUGUUCCUGCUCUACCGGUACAUGCGCAACUACCGGAGCUACCACGUGUUCAACACGAAGGCCGGCACCAACCGGAAGAAGGGCUACAAGAUACCGCAGGACUUUCCCGGUUACUUCUCCUUUAUAAACGACAAGGGCGCCCCGACGGCCACCAUCUACACGACGAUCGUACAGCUCGUGCGGGACCAGGUGUACAAGUUUCUCUCGCUGGAAAACCUCUCCGCCUACACCGAGUCGCAGGACAACUUUAGCCACAAAACGCACUACGUGAAGGCGACGGCCAAGGCGGGCCAGGUGUACCGACUGCUGGCCGUCUUCCAGGACGGUGAUCACAAGUCGUCGUCGUCCUCUAGUCACAAGGAUCCAGCGUUGGCCGGUGGUGGUGCCGGGAGUAUCGGUGGGCGCGAAAAGGAGCGUGGCAAGUACGCGCAGCUACUGGACGACAAUCGGCAGAUCUACUACGUUUCGCUGUCGGCCAAGGGAAAGUUCUACGAAAUCGAACAGCACAACAGUGCGCCAAUGUUGCAGAAGCACGGAAGCUUCGGCACACCGGCGCACGGUGGUCUGCACAGCGGGAACAACACGAGCAGCAGUAGCGGUGGUCACGGACAUCUGGCAAACGGCGGCCACCGGAAACCGAAGCAGCUGAGCAGGGACUGCGUCCAUCGCAUCGGAUUUAUCAUGCAGUCGGAUGUCAGUCUGCCGCUCAAUCUGAAGCUCAUAUCGCCCCUGGCCGGGAUGCCCUCGACGGUGCCUGAAUACGUGACGAUCGCGAAGGCAAGCGAGGAAAACUUUAUCAUUGCGUGUCCGCUGGACGAGCAGCAGCUCACGACGACACUGACCCUCACCAAGCUGCACCUGACGCCGCAGAUGAAGUUCGCCAAGUGCACGAUGGGCUUCGAGAACGAGCAGCACAUGUUCCUCAACCCGAACGUGCAGACGGUGCUGAAGUUCUGCCAGUUCUCGUGCGAUAACUUCUUGCGCCUGGUCGAGUCGGAGACGAACGCACUCGAGCUGCUGCAGCAGCUGCAGAUGCAGGUGACGGUAUCGCCCACGCGACACUCGUCCGCCGGUGGUGGACUGGCAUCCCUGGGCCAGCAGACGGGUCCGAGUUCGCUCGGAUCGAACGUUAGUGGUGGUGGUGGAAAUCCGAGGGAGUCCAGGAGUGUGGAUGUGUUGCGGAAGUUUGGCCGGCUGUUCGGCGGUGGAGGUGGUGGAUCCGGUGGUAAUCACGAUCGCAACGGUUCCGGCCACGAGAAGGAAGAUUCCAUCAUAUUUUUAACUAAAAAUGACCUGGAAAGUCUCGAAUGCAGUGGCCGGGCGGCGAUCGAAGCAGACCUCCAGCAGCAGCAGCAGCAACACCAUAGUUUGGUGGAUGACCAUCGGACGCUUCACGGGAUGGACGAUCAUCAGGGACAGCAGCCACACUCGCUUCCGGCCACUUCCGGUGGGUUGCGUAACAACGAGAAGAUGAAGGUGUUUACACCGAACGGCGCAAGUACGGGGAACGCGUCCAAGAAAGCUUCCACGGGCCGGUGGUUUAAGGGACUUGGACGUAGCUCGGGUGCCGCCGGUAGUGGGGCAAUAUCGGCCGACGACGAGUGGGAUAAGCGGACCAGCCUGGACCGGUACAAGGACAUGUCGAAGCUGAUUCAGGAGCGUUUCGGUACGCUCGGGAUGCUUUCGUCGCGUGCCAACAGUUCCGAUAUGAUCAGCGGAGGUUACGACGAUGCCGGAAACACGCUCGUAAGCCACAAUCCGUCCACCGGUCGGGGUGAACUCGAGCAGCAUCAUCACGGCGGCGGGAUUCGUGAGAAGUGUCUUUCGCUGCAGCACAUUGAGCAGAAAUCGUCCACCGGAGGAAAGAACAAACCGGACCUUGUGCCACCGCAUCACGUGUCCGGUUCGCUCCGGGGGGACGAUGACCGUGAGCAGGAGGAUCAGACAACCUCUUCGGAACUCGGUGACACGCUGUUCUUCCCACUCCGUCACAGCAGCAACCAACAAUCGUUCAUGACGCAAAAGCUGUACAGCGAGUUCCACGUGAAGACGAAGCAGUACAGCAAGUCCUCCUCCAGCAUCCAGCAGCUGUUGCAUCUGGCCUCGAACGGAUCCCGACCCACCCCGCCCAAAGGCAAUCGAUCGUCCAUGGGGAUGCCGUCAGCGAAGGGUGCCCGGGCUUCGAACGGUGAAGUGAUUCUCUCGUUCGAAGACCUUCGCUACAUGCACGGCAUGAUGGAUGACAACGGGAACGACGACCGUGGCGUCGUUGUGCCACAACAGGACACCGAACGCAAUGUGGCCCGCGAGAAGCGAACGAAAGUAGUCUCGCUGCAAGAACCGGUUCCAUUCCGCACGGAGCGAAACAUCCUCGACGAUCUGCCGUACAGUAGCGUACGUGAUUCGAUCCUCCUCCAGGACGGGCCCGAACUCGGUGGCGUACCAACGGAAGGAAUCUACGCCGAAAUCUGUGCCGCCGACAGUCCGACGGCACUCGGUCCGGCACUCUCCACCACCACCACCACCACCAUCACCACCGACAACAGCCGGAGCAGCAGUCGAACGUCUCCGGUGCCUCCUCCGCCGAACCAUCCCUUAGUAACGGUCGUUCGGCCCGAGAAGCGCUUCGUUAGCAUACGGAUUAAUGUGCCACCGUGUGACAGUGCGGCCGGGUCCGGCUCGGUUAGCCUCAAUCCGGCCGGCGGGGGAAACAUCACGAGCGCCAGCUCCAGCACCAGUCGCUGCUCGUCCGUCGUCUCUAGUCCCAUCGAAGACAACAUCUACAAUACGAUCAAGUAGGCGAAGGUGGCGAAGAAACAAAGGCAAAGAAAGUUGAUGAAAAAAAAAACUAUGGCUGCGAAGUUGCCACAGGCAACGACGACCAAAGUAUUACCGGAAUUUGUGAUAAACCAACCAGGACGACCGAAC